AGCGUGAUUCUGAAAUCAAUAACAGCAAACAACGUAAAUGUCCCUCAGGCUUUCCACCUUUUUCUUUCGCACAAUUCGCAUUAGAGUAAACGCAUUACGUUAGAAGCCGAAUGAAAAUACACGAGAUGUGAGUAAACGGUAGACGCGCGCUUACAACCGCGCAUGCGUCCCCUUUAUGUUUGGUGGUGAAAACUUCCAGUUCUCAAUAAGCUGCUGGAAAUUCCUUGACUGUAUCGAUAUUUUGUCAAAAAGAAAAUCGUCAAAGAUUCUCGCCAAAGGUAUGAGUUGUCUGGGCGAUUGCUCCGAAUUGGGGCCACCGCCCGAUAUGAUACUGUCGAUGCCUCCGCCACCGUUGUCGUCGUUCCUGUUGCCACGGAAUGCAAUUGCACCACGGCCGCCCAACAAUUCGUUGUCCUGCAUAGCGGCAUUCAUGUGCGAAACAACUCUUAAACCGAAUGGUAUGGAGUCUGGGAUGGAGUUUAUCGAGCUUUCAGGAAAUGGAAUGGAUGAUACAUGGGUUUUCGUGCUUGUUUCAUCAUGCGUUGGAGUUCUACUUUUGGGAGCUUUGUUGGCCAUGGUUUUGAUCAAAUGCAGAGAAUUCACAUUUUCACAUUCAUUUUCACAUUCAUAUCAUGAUAGCAAUUUGAAGCAUCCACCUCUGUCUUCACUGAACGAGCCUCAACUAGGCUCUACCAAGUCCGGAUUUAUGCCGGGAACCAUUCUCUAUCCAACUAACCAUCAGCUUCCCCAGGAUAAUCGUACCCUUUGGGCAACACUAACCCCACAUGGCACUACGCAACAUUUCAUCUCUGACUCGUACUAUAACCCGGAAGAUCAUUACGAAGUCAUCGACUAUGGUCACAAGCACGAACAGUAUAUCCCAUCGAACCAAAACACAAUCGUCAAGAACAAGAAUUCGUUCGAAAACUCUGGAUUUGUUGAUUACGAUUACGAAGACCCAACGCCUUUGAUGGAAUCUUACCAAAACUUUGAUGACAUGGACUCGGGCUACCAAGAACCGCAAGAAGUAGUUGGCUCGCUCAACCGAAAUCGCUCGAUCGUAUCGUCUCCAACUCGUAUCGAAAACCCAAACCUGGCCCCGUUGAACCUGUACCCGACGCACCGCAGCAACGGAACGCUCAAUAAAAAGAAUGCAACGCUCAGCCGACGCAUCAGUGAUAUCAAGAACUAAGCACAGUGAAUUGCAAUACUCAUAUUUUUCCUUUCAUACAAAGUGAUAACAAACGGAGAUUCCUACGAAGGAGGUACCUUCAUUCGAAGAAGACAGCAGGUUCGAUAGGAGACAAAACACUUUUUCGAACCGUAUAAUCAAUAAGUAUUAAAUCUCGCAAUCAAAAUAGUACUUUUAUUUUUGAUCAACUUUCAGAACAAGUACGAUAGAAAGAUGGAAUUAACUACACUAAUAGAAAAAAGCCCAGCCAUAAAUCAUAUAAAGCUUACAGAAAAACGUAUUUAAACGUAGGAAUGCCGUUGUAAUAUUCUAUUAUAUAGCUACACAUUAAAUGUCUACACAACUAAGAAUUACUAAAUCAUCCCUUACCAACACUGAAGCUUGAUUUCAAACUGAAAUAGUUCACUGACAGCAAAAAACAUACAAUAUACCGAAUUGUGCAAUAAUACAGAGAAUAAAACCAUGGACAUUACAUCACAAUUGAAUCCUAUAAGAAUACGCGUGUUGUAGCAAUUUAGCAUUGAGAUAUAAUAUGAAAUCAUUGACCACUGAUUUGCAUCUUGAUACAAAACAAAAAUCGAUACAAUAAAGAACGAUGAGUGACAUUUAAA